AUGCUUGGAGACAAGAGAAGGGUCUUUACAUUUCCUUGUUUGUCAGCAUUUCUUGAUAAAUAUGAGCUGCAAAUACCAUCAGAUGAAAAACUUGAGGAGUUUUGGAUAGAUUUUAAUCUUGGGAGCCAGACUCUCUCAUUCUACAUUGCUGGAGACAAUGAUGAUCAUCAGUGGGAAGCAGUCACUGUGCCUGAAGAAAAAGUGCAGAUAUACAGCAUUGAAGUGAGAGAAUCAAAGAAGCUACUGACUAUAACUCUGAAAAAUAUAGUAAAAAUUAGUAAAAGAGAAGGGAAAGAAUUGCUUUUGUAUUUUGAUGCAUCAUUAGAAAUCACUAAUGUGGCACAAAAAAUUUUUGGUGGAAAUAAAUAUAGGGAAUUUACCAGAAAACAAGGUAUAUCCGUUGCCAAAACAUCUGUGCAUAUUCUUUUUGAUGCAAGUGGAUCACAGAUUCUAGUCCCAGAAAGUCAAAUCUCACCAGUUGAAGAAGAACAUAAUAGUUUGAAAGAAAAAGCUGACCUCCAAGAGGAAUUUACUAAACCUUCAAAAUAUAUCAAAAACAGUAAUCAAAGGGAUAGAAAAAAUAGCCAGCCUGAGAUAAUUACUCCUAGCAAAAGAAAAAUGUCUGAAGCAUCAAUGAUUGUUCCUGGUACAGAUAGAUACACUGUGAGAAGUCCAAUACUUUUAGUCAAUACAUCAACACCACGAAAAAGAAGAAUUAAACCACCACUGCAAAUGACAAGUUCUACAGAAAAACCUGGUGUUUCUAAAACAUUGGAACAAGGAGUGGAUUAUGCUGUAUCACUUAAAUCUAGACCAUCUGAAGAAGUAAAGAGAGGAGAUAAUACAGACAAACCUAUCAAAACUGCUAAAGUUGUAGAAAAGACAGAAAAUAAGGACACUGAAUUCCCAAACCAAAAUUUUAGUGAACUCCAGGAAAUUGUUCUUGAUUCACAGGCAGCAGGAAGAAUAGAUAAACCUGUGUUACCUGGUAUUGUAGACAAUACCGGUGGAGAUAAAAUGCACUCCAAAUGGGCAUGUUGGACACCUGUAACAAAUAUUAAGCUGUGUAAUAACCAAAGAGCAAGUACUUCAUCAAGAGACACAUUUAAUCAAGAUAUUGUUAUCAACCAAAAACUUAAUAAACAAAAGUCAUCCUCUUCAAUAUCUGAUGAUAAUUCUGAGGAAACAGGAAAGGUACAGUAUAGGAAGGAGAUAAUGCAACAUAAUAGAACAGAUGAGGCAGAAGCAGAUGACUGCAUACGAAGCAGACAACAACCAGGUCACGCUACACAUUUGGAGGAUAAAAGUAUUGAAGAUACCAAGCAGAGUGAUUGGUGUAUUGAAUCUGAAACUACUUUUAAAUCAGUCCUCCUAAAUAAGACAGUUGAAGAAUCUGUGAUCUAUAAGAAGAAAUAUGUGUUGUCAAAAGAUGUGAAUACUAAUACUUGUGAUCAAAGCCCUUCUCAAAAAAAUGCAAAGAGUCUUAGAAAAUCAGGGAGAAGAUUGACGUCUGAGUUUAAUUCCUGGGAUUUGAAACAAAAAAACACGAGAGAAAAGUCAAAAGGGAAAGGAUUUACUGAUGCAGCAGAAUCUUUGAUAAAUCAAAUUAAUAAGCGAUACCAGCCAAAGGACAGCAUACAGUCUGUAAGAAAAUCAAAGGAGUCUUUGAUUGACAGUGGUUUUUCAAACAAAUUAGAUCUACAGCUUGGUAAGGAGAAGGUUCAGAAAAAAAGUUAUAGACAAUUGAAGACUACUUUUGUUAAUGUUACUUCAGAAUGCCCAUUGGAUGAUGUUUACAAUUUUAAUUUGAGUGGAGCUGAUGAACCUGUUAUUAAACUUGGAAUGCAAGAAUUUCAAGCUACAGCUAGAGAAGCCUGCGUGGAUAGUUCAAUAACAUUGGUAGGUUUAAGGAAUCAUGAUGAACUUGAACCUUCUCUCAAAGCAAAAGAUAAAAGAAUUGGAUCAGAUUGUAAAAAGAAAAAUCCCUUUAGUGAUAGUGACACAGAAUAUAGAUGUGAUGACAGCAAGACUGAUAUUAGCUGGCUAAGAGAACCAAAAUCAAAACCACUGAUGAUGGACUACAGCAGAAAUAAAAAUGUGAAGAAACAUAAAAAUGGGAAGAAAUCAAGACCAUCUUUGGAAAGGGCGCAACCAAGAUCUAAAAUGAUACCCAACAAAAUCAUUACCAAAAAGGUAAAUGAGACAGUUGCAUAUGGGAGAACCAGACUUCCACGAAGAGCAGCAAAAACCAAAAAAAAUUAUAAAGACCUCUCAAAUUCAGAAUCAGAGGGUGAACAAGAAUUUUCAUGUUCAUUUAAAGAAAAAGUUCUAGUACAGGAGAAGAUUCAUUCCAGAAGCAAAACCGUGAAACUGCCAAAGAAACAGCAGAAUUCCUUCACUGCCAAAACACAAGAGGAUGUAUCAAAAGAAUGGAAAAUCUCAUCUGUCCUGAAAGAUGCUGGAAGAGAUAAUAGUCUUGACCCAUCUCCUAUGUCUUUAUCUGGGAGUCCAUCAUCUAUAGAAGUAAUGAGAUGUGUAGAGAAAAUAACAGAAAGGGACUUUACUCAGGAUUGUGACUGUGUAGCAGAAUCAUUAUCACCUUAUCCAAAGACUUCAUCACCCGAAUCCUUGAACAGUGGAGUUGGAGGUCCAAUAAAGUCAUCCAAAAACAGCGAGAAAAAUUUACUGUGUACAAGAGAAAGUUCAUCAAUUGCACAAUCAUUCUUUUUGAAAAGUCAUUCAGCAUCUCCAUUGUCCACGUCUAGUGAAGAGAGAGAGAAAACAUGGUAUGGCGUGCCCAGUGACUCCACACGUAUGUCAGGCUGUAUACAACAUCUUAGUUGCAAACGAAUGUACACAGAAGACAGCCUAAAUUAUUCUGGUGAACUGGAAGAAGAAAGAGCAAACUUGCUUCCCAAAAAACUCUGUAAAAGCGAAGAUGCAGAUCAUCACACCUACAAAGUGUCCAAAAGUAUAUCUCCAUUAUCAGCAAAUGACUUUUCUAUUCCUUUGGAGAACUGGGAAACUGAAAUUUCAGAUGUAGGGAUGAUGGUGUGCGAGCAGCUCAAUACAGAAUUUCAGAGGAAAGUUAAUAUCCGCCACAAAAUGAUGGAUUAUUUUACCAAACAGACUUGGAAAACAGUUCAACAGCAUAUAAAAGCAAUCAACCAGAAGAUUCAGGAGUACAGGAUCAAAAAACUUGACAAAUUCCAAUUCAUCAUCAUGGAGGAGCUAGAGAAUUUUGAAAAAGAUUCACAAUAUUUAAAAGAUUUGGAGAAGGAAUUUGUGGACUUUCGGGAAAAGGUAUUUCAGCAGUUCAGUGCCUAUCAAAAAAGUGAACAGCAGAGACUUCACCUUUUAAAAGCUUCAUUGGACAAGAAUGUCUUCUACAGCACUGAUUGUGAAGAAAAUAUUAUUACAUCUCAGAUGGGUUUGAUGAAAGAAAACAUGAAAAUGCUGCAAGACAGACUUCUUAAGGAAAUGCAAGAAGAGGAGCUUCUCACUGUACGCAGAGGACUGAGGUCAUUAUUCGUGGCUCAUGAGAGAAACAGUGAUGUCUAGUUGUUCUCAACAAGUUUUAUCCAAUUAUUCCUGUUUAGCUUAGGAAAUGCCAGAGUAGCUCUAUAAAGAAAAGACAUGUUACCCAGGCAAGAGUACCUCUGUAGAACCCUCUAAAUUCAAAGAACAGUCGUCCUCUGCUGGAUAAGAAAGAACCUGUAAUCACCAUAACAUGACUGAGCCCCUAAGCCUUUUGUCUGUGCAAUACUUUUUUCAGAAAACUUUGGGAAACCAAUCAGUAGAAGGAAUUGGCUUACUUUUAUAGUA